AUGCAUCUGUAUAAACCUGCCUGUGCAGACAUCCCCAGCCCCACGCUGGGUCUGCCCAAAUCCAGCGACUCUGCUCUGAAAUGUAGGCGGCACAUCGUGGUGACCAAGCCUCCGCCUGGGGAAGCCUGCUGGCCGGCCAGGCCCAGUGGAGCAGCGGAACGGAAACACCUGGAGAAGUUUUUACGUGUCCAUGGAAUUUCGUUGCGGGAAACCACCAGGGCAGAGACGGGCAUGGCUUACAGGAAUCUUGGAAAAUCAGGACUCAGAGUUUCUUGCUUGGGUCUUGGAACAUGGGUGACAUUUGGAGGUCAAAUUUCAGAUGAGGUUGCUGAACGGCUGAUGACGAUCGCCUACGAAAGCGGAGUUAAUCUCUUUGAUACUGCCGAGGUCUACGCUGCUGGAAAGGCUGAAGUGAUUCUGGGGAGCAUCAUCAAGAAGAAAGGCUGGAGGAGGUCCAGCCUGGUCAUAACAACCAAACUCUACUGGGGUGGAAAAGCUGAAACGGAAAGAGGGUUGUCAAGAAAACAUAUAAUCGAAGGACUGAAGGGCUCCCUCCAGAGGCUGCAGCUGGAGUAUGUGGAUGUCGUCUUCGCAAAUCGACCAGACAGUAACACCCCCAUGGAAGAAAUUGUUCGAGCCAUGACACAUGUGAUAAACCAAGGCAUGGCGAUGUACUGGGGAACCUCGAGGUGGAGCGCUAUGGAGAUCAUGGAAGCCUACUCUGUGGCAAGACAGUUCAAUAUGAUCCCUCCUGUCUGUGAACAAGCCGAGUACCAUCUUUUCCAGAGAGAGAAAGUGGAGGUUCAGCUACCAGAGCUCUACCAUAAAAUAGGAGUUGGGGCAAUGACCUGGUCUCCACUGGCCUGUGGAAUCAUCUCGGGGAAAUACGGAAACGGGGUACCUGAAAGCUCCAGGGCUUCUCUGAAGUGCUACCAGUGGUUGAAGGAAAGAAUUGUGAGUGAAGAAGGGAGAAAACAGCAGAACAAGUUAAAAGACCUCUCUCCAAUCGCUGAGCGGCUGGGCUGCACUCUCCCUCAGCUCGCUGUCGCAUGGUGCCUGAGGAACGAGGGUGUGAGUUCCGUGCUCCUGGGGUCAUCCACUCCCGAACAGCUCAUUGAGAACCUCGGUGCCAUUCAGGUUCUCCCAAAGAUGACAUCACACGUGGUAAAUGAGAUUGAUAACAUAUUACGCAACAAGCCCUACAGCAAAAAGGACUACAGAUCAUAAGGCAAUGAAUGCAUGAGCCACAGGAGCUGCACGGUUCCAAUAUCGGUCUAUGCCGGUACAGAAAGGUGUUCCUAGCCAGUCUUUUAAAUCACUUAGCAGCCGCUGCUCAACCUCUAGUGUCCCCGGAUUCUGAGGUGUCUGCUGUCGCUACCACUGUGCACCUGAAUUAUGAGCACAUCUGAAAACUCACAACUAAGAAAAUCCAUUCUAUUUUCUUAUCUUGGACUGGAGUCACCUAUUCUUGCAUUGCUCUGUACACUUCAUGCUAAUGCAAUGGAAAGCAUAUGGCGGGGAAAGGUGUAUUACCUUCAGGCAUAUUACUUAAAGAAGGCUACACAGAUAGAUCUGUUUUUUCAAAUGAACAAAAUCCAGAUACAAUGUGGAUUGUGUCAGAAAGAAGAGGCUAUGUUAAUUCAGAAGUCCUGCUUGGGAAAAUAAGCAAAAACAAUUUUACAUUUUCUUAUUUUCACAUUCCAGUGGUUAGUAAGCUGUUUCCCUUAUCAUUUUCAACACAAUAUAAUUCCUAGGUAUUUGCUUUUGUUACCUUUUAAAUAUUCAGUGUUGCUUGGCCCCAAAAAUGACCCUGUGUAGCAAUUUAUCCAAAGUGUCUUAGAAUUCUAAUAAUGCUCUACUCAUUUACACGUAAAGAUAGUAAAAGGAUGAACACCCCAGUCUCUAAUUAGAGACAUUACGGUAAAUGUAUGCAAGUGAGGAUUGCACUAUUACACUAUUAUGGAAGCUUAGCUUUGGAUAAAAUGUAAUGCACCUGCAUUACAUUUUACAAAGUGUUCAUUUUUUACUACAUUUUAUGAAAACCUGCUUUAUAUUUUUGACUGCUUGUAGGCACAACUUCUGCAAGUUUAAAUAUUUGAGCUUUAAAAAUAAAUAUACACAUGCUUGAUUUUUUAAGUAAACCUGUAAAAUAUCCACAAAGGCAAAUGUUUGCUGUUUAAUUAGCACUGGGAUUUUACAAUAUAAUGCUUGUGUUUUUGAGGAGUUAGUAACAUGAAAGUAAAUCAUGGGCUUUGUGAAAAAUGUUACUACUCAGCAUAUGCUGGGUGAAUUAACUUGCCCAAUGAAAAACAAAUGUUAAAGAAUUUCCUGAAUCUAUAAUCACAUAAUGUGCACUCAACUAUAUGCAUGAAAGCUCACUGCAUGAAUUAAAGGGGCCUCGCUUUAAUGUACCCGGAAGCUGAGGCCUAUCUAGCCCUGCCACUAUUGGCUACCUACCCUCAUGAGUACUCCACUUGAGAACAAUUUUGAGAAUAUAUUGUGUGUACCUGUAAGAAAGACAUUUUCCCCCUCUUUUUUGGGGUGUGUGUUGGGGGCGAGGGUCCUAUAACUCUACUUGAACACCUGAGCAUGCACAAAAUUCUAAUUUAAUUUUCUGGCCAGCUGGUCCCAAUAUAUACUAGAAAUCAUUGAGACUUACAGGACAAAUAUACUAUCAUCUUCAAAUGCUAUUUUCUGCCAUCAUUUCCAGGUAAUUUCAAGGUUAAGUUCUAAAUCUCAAAAUGUUAAUGUGAAAUACCAAGAAAUUUCCUUUUUGAUUACUACUACCUGUAUUCAAUUAAGGAAAUAGUUUGGGUUUUUGCCCCAGAAUAUCAAAGAUGGAAAUGGAUCAUUUUUUAUUGUUCAUUGUACAUUCAAUCAAUCCAGUGAAUACUUACUGUAUGUAUAAAUGUGCCGAAGUUGUCUAAUUCAAACUGCAAUUCAACUUAAUUUGCGUAGAGUAAUAAAAGCAUUUUGUGCAUUUAAUCUCACAA